AUUAAAACCAGAAUACUUUCUUGGAAAAGUGUUUUGGUUGUUGGAAGGGGGCCGCUCUCUUCUGGCUACGAACCCCAAAAAUGACUUUAAUUGUUAAAGGAGUGGGUGACUUGUGGAAUUCAGUUAUUUUUUCACAAGAUGAAAGGCUUGGAACAUUGUGGGUCCUCCUUUUGUGGUGUGCGCCGUGUCGCCUCGGGCUCACCUUGACAAGACACUGCUCAUUGAAUGACCAGACGAUCCGAGCUGUGUAUAUGCGCAUUUAACGCAUUUGGAGUAGAGGCACUGCAGAAAGCCUGUGGGUUUAUCGUAACAAAACCAUACUCGGGGUCUCGCGUUGUAACGUGUCAAAUAGCAAAGUGAAGUGGGACUCUUAUAUUUGAGGGGUGUGUGUGUGUGCGUGUGUGUGUGUGUGUGUGUGUACGUGUGUGUGUGUGUGUGUGUGUAGCCAUCGGACGGAACUCGACACCGGCGCGCACAGAGCGCAGGAGAUCGGGUUGGAAACGCGCAUCGCAACAGAACAUCUCCAAAUCGCAUUCCGCAUACUGAAAUCUAACCCGGGGACAUCAGGAUGUGUGACAUAAUCCCCAAGACAUCUGAAAACCGCGCUCCUCCGAACGGAGAUAUGCGGACCUCUCUUGUUGUUCACUUGUUUGCUCGCGCAGUUGAUCCACGAAGGAGGGGGCGGACACCAACUGCCCCCGGAACGUCAGAGCGCACUUCGCUAUAAAUCUCUCCAAACCGCCCUCUGCGCCCGGCGCGGUGUUGUGCGCAGACGUCGGUCCCGCUCUCGGUCCAGCAUGAGGACACCGCGCGUGGAAAGGCCUUCGAGCGACACAGAUUCUACCUGAGGGGGGGGGGAACAUGCCCCCACCUGUGUUGUGUGCCAUGUCGAGGUCUCGUCAAAUGUUGGCGGUCGUGAGAUUGUAACGCACUUCUGGAUACAACUGGUUCCUACCCAGAGGCAGACGAGGAGAGCGCGCUGCCCUCUGGAAGAACACGUUUACGCGUGCAUCGCGUCGGAGACGCUGAUGUCUUCAUUGGACUCCUUUCAGCCGGAGGCGGCGGAGCUCUCUCGGAUUUCCAACGUGGAAACGUAGCAUCCAAUUAAUCAGCGACUGCAACUGAGCCCCCGCCAGGCGCAGCGGCACUCGGUCGGCCCCGCUCGACACCCACUGCACCUUUGGACUCCCCGAGUGUGGAGAGACGCAUGGCUCGGUCGGCGCGCCGGACCGGAGCAUGAAGACCACACCUGGUGCACUAUUGAAAAGAAACAACAACAAUCGGACACAAACUGAUUUUCAACACGUUUCAAGGAUUUUAAUUUCAUUUUGAUUGUGCCUGUUGAAGCGAGUCACUGCAGCUGAAUCAGCUCGGGACACUAGAUGAGUCGCGUUCUCCGUUUGGAUUCUAACACCCAACAUCCGCGCGAGUUCCAGGUCUGCAUGGGCCCUAUUUAAGCUUUCUUCAUAGGAACUGAGUCUAAGAUGAAGUUAUGGGAUGUUUUGGCCACGUGUUUGUUGCUCCUGAGCUCCGCUGCUACACGGCCCCUCUACCGAAACACUCAGCCAGCCAAGAGAACUCACUUCCCCAGCAGCGACAGUGAUUCCGCGAGCCUGUCUGUGGAGGACGAAGAGCCGGCGUUCCAGCGCGAGGACCGCGACCUGCAGGAGAUCUCAAUGGAGAGUCAAUAUGACGUCGCCGGUCUCUAUCCGGAGAAGUUUGACGACGUGAUGGAUUUUAUCGAGGCCACCAUCGGCCGACUCCGGAGGUCGUCGGAUCCCUACGGGGGCUCCAGGGGACGGAGGGAGCAGAGACAGAGGGGAGCGGCAGCAAACACGGGGGGCGCGAGGGGCGAGGGGAGAGGACACGGCGACAGGAGGCGAGGUCAGGGCCGAGGGGGCGGUCGAGGCGGCAAAGGGGGCCGAGGCGACAAGGGAAGGGAGAGGGUAACGGUGCAGAGUCGAGGCUGCCUGCUCAAGGAGGUCCACCUCAACGUGACGGACCUGGGGCUGGGCUACCAGACCAAAGAGGAGCUGAUCUUCCGCUACUGCAGCGGCCCCUGCGUGGAGGCGGAGACCAACUACGACAAGAUCCUGAACAACCUCACGCACAAUAAGAAGCUGGACAAGGACACGCCCUCUCGCACCUGCUGUCGGCCGAUCGCGUUCGACGACGACCUGUCCUUCCUGGACGACAACGUGGUGUACCACACGCUGAAGAAGCAUUCUGCUCGGAAGUGCGGCUGUGUCUGAGGAGAUCGUGACGGAGAUCACGCGUCCGGGCGCCCGGUGGACUAAGGAUCACCGCCGCAAGCUGGCACUGCGAAGGGAGGGGUCGCUGUGGGGAAAUGAGGUCGCGGAGGAGGCGCGUCGUCUCUCUUUUUGGUCAGUCAAAGGACGGCGCAGUUAACUUUGGCGGUUCACCACGAAGGGUGGUGAAUCAGGAGCAACUGGACGUGGUUGUGGUUCCUCUCAUCCAAGAGGCUUCUUCAGCUCUGACGAAGUUGUGGUGAAUCCCAGGUAUUUGACAGUUCACACUCAGUCAAUGCCGAUUCCCCCCGACCAGUAUUUGACGGUUCAGUCAGACACAUGCCGACCUGACCCCUCAGGUCAAUGUUCAGAAGAAACAGUGCUGUUACACCGGACUCGCUGACUGCGACAGAGUGAAGGAAUGAAGAAUGAAUUCUCCUGAGAACGUGCGUUGUUUUUCUUCACCUGGCUCCUCAGACUGCGGACGAACGCAGAGCUAUGAGGAUUCAAAUAUUUGUGGAUCAGCUGCAGUCAAAAUCUCCUCCGCUGGCUGUCGACACUUACACUCCGAGCCAAGUGAUAAGACAAUACCACUCCGGGGGUUCAACAAAAGACUUCUACAUUAAAUCCAAUCAUAUAUAUAUAUAAAAUAUAUAUAUGUAUAUUAUAUAUAUAUAUAUAUAUAUACACGUGUGUAUAAGAGGUAUAUUUAUUAAGAUGGAAUUAACUUAUUGCUAUUUAUUUCAAACCAUUUCUUUUCUUUUUAGUUUUCCUUAUUUAUUGAAAAGCUCUGUUUGUCCUGGAUGUUGCCACGGUGGAGCAGUUUCUCAAUGAAACAUCUUCUACCUGACACACACACACACGAUGUUUAUACGCUUCACUUAGAUUCCAGGGUUUCUCAAUUAAUGAGUCCAAAAAUAUCAUCUAAAAAAAUCAAAAGUCAAAGAAGAGUAAAAAGAGACGGAGGACGGGACCAAUAGAAGAUUUUAGAUUGAAGUGAUCUGUUGUUUUUGGAGUGUUCUUAGGGACGGCAGAGUAGAUUAAAAAACACUUUGGGGGGGGGGGGGGUUCACCUCAUUUCCACCAACGUGUCCAUGCCAAGUCAGGGGACUUUCCGACGUUGCUCCUCUCCUCACUGCACCUGGGUACAGAUGAAUCAGACUCUGACAUUAUUAUUUCACUGUAUGUUUACAAGGAGGCAAAUGACUCAAAUAGAUUUUUUCCGUCACUCCACACCACAUCUUUUAAUUAACAUCCAGAACGGAGAGUCUGUUCCUCUCCGAGGGAUCUGCAGGUGCCUUCGAGGAUCUGUCCUCGGAGUGAUGGAGUACAGAAGCUGCUAGAGUACCUGCCCAUCAGCGCACGUCACCCGAAACCUCACUCUGGCCUCGCACCAAGUCUGAGCAAAAGGCUUUUUUGCUGUGUUUUUAAAGUUCAUGGGGACUGCCCGUGUCUUCUGUCUCGGCUCCGACGGACAGAUCUUACUCUCUGAGAGGGGGAUUUGAAAGCGAUCCUCCAAUACGAGUCUUAACCGAAUAUCCCCACUGGCCGAGGCCUUUUGGGGACAGUUAAAGGAAGAUCCAGAUACUGUAAACUACAACUGAUGUGAAUAUCUGCAGACGAGAAGAUGGAGUCGGCUCGGCUAUGCUCUCUACAUGUCAUAACUUGUCCAGGUUAUAAAUUUAUUCCCAAACUGUAGCGGAAAUAUACAUUUCAGGAAAAAACAGGAGGCUCUUUAAAAAAAAAAAAAAAAGGCAAGCUGCUGUGCCCACGGAGACCCCGCGAGGGGGGAAUCGCUCUCGGCGGAACAAAGAGAGCCCUUGGGUCGGGUCUCGAUGUUAGCACGGAUUAGGGACCAAGGUAUCUGUGCCCACCCAGCAGCAAGCAAGCGAGCCAGCUUUACUGUGUAAUCCCCCCGCAAACAGAACAAAUCCACUGCAUCAGGCUGAAUUUAGGCCAAAUACUACACGGAGGGGAGAAAGAAGGGAAAAAAAACCUCAAGCUUUUAUCGCAGCAUACCUCAUCAAUUGGAUCAUCUUCCCCCUUUAACAACUGAUUUGUGCGUAAGCCUUUCCAGAUGAGAAUGUGCAGUUAGGAGACUUCCCAGAAGCCUCGGUGCGCCUCGCCGCUCCUCCGCACCAUACGUUGAAGUGUCGACUGUAAACUAGCCCUCAUCAGCGCGACUGUCUGCUCAAACUGCUCCAUGCUGAUUAGUUCCCACCGUUUCAAGGUAAAUGCUAAAGGAAAUUUGUUUUCACUGUGUUAACACCCCUGUGGGGGGGGGGAUACAACCUGUCAUGUUGUCUCACUUGUUUUGUGUUACAGAACCAAAGCUCUUGGCAAACUUUAUUUUUGUACAAUAUUCAUUUUAUAACUUUUUACAGAAUUAAACUUGUUUCUAUUAAAUGAAA